AUGAAAGGUUCUUGUUCUUACUCUGCUGCUUAUUCCAAGAAGAUGCAUAUAUUUCUGUUGAGAUUCUGUACAGUUAUGCGACGGGGGAGAGAUAUAAAUGUCCCUGAUAGAAUGGAACUUGGAGACUCAAAAUUGGAACUACUACGCUUGGAUAGUUCACGUUAUUUUGGAUCAAAUACUAAAAUAUUAGGAAGUUUAUUUCAAGGGGCUGAUAAUCUCAAAGUUCUAGAUAUAAUCGGCGUUUUCGGUAAGAUUAGUGAUUUUUCAUUAUUUUCUUCUUUAGCCAAGUUAAAGAUGUUAUCCCUAGUGAGGCUCAGUUUGGAUAUGACAGCCAAUGUAUCUUUUAUUCGACAUCUUAGUUGCUUGGAAGUCCUUAGCCUUCGAGAUUCAACCAUGAAAGAUUUGCCAAACGAAAUAAGUGAGUUAACAAACUUAAGAUCGUUGGAUUUAACUUUCUGCAAAUGUUUCAUAAGCAAUGGUGUUCUUUCUAAACUUACUAAUCUGCAAGAAUUGUACAUGGGUUAUUCUUUCAAUGAUUGGAGGCUACAAAAAGAAGACAUUAAUGGUGGAUACAAUCAUGCAGCAGGAAUCGAUGAGUUAAAUUGCUUACAUAAAUUGUGGAGAUUGGAAUUGGAAAUACCCAACAUUGAACAAGUUCCGAGAGGUAUUCGGCUAUUUUCUUCCUUAACGUUAUUAGAUCAAUUCAAGAUAGUAAUAGGAAAAAGAAAAUAUGAGCGGAAUACUCAAUUUGAAAGUGGGAAAAGACAACUUUGGUUGGAGAAUGAUAGAGACAGUAUGACCAGUUUCUUGCAUGAACUUGGGGUCUUAACAGAAAAGGGCAUUACAAAUUUAUAUAUAAGCAAUGAUCUUGGCAUGUGGGAGAAAAUGCAUUUAAACAGUUUUCUAUCAUUGAGAGAAGUUGUUAUUAACUAUUGUGGAUCAAUUAUUACUCUUUUUCCACAGUUACAGUCACGGAUUUCUAAAACUGGAAAGAUCAAUGGACUUGGGCACUAUUUGAAGCGUAUCGAAAUAUAUGAAUGCAAUCAAAUGAGGCACUUAUGUUCUACAUCAACAUCGAGGCAUCUCACAAAUCUUCAACUUCUUAUUCUCAAAGGAUGUGAAAUGACGGAAGAAAUUGUUAAUAUUUGCGAUGAAGCUGAACAACUCAAUAAAAUUGAGUUUAAUGCUUUGGAAACUCUUAAGCUUUGGGACUUGUCUAGACUGGAAUGUUUUUGUAAAGGAAUAAACGUGAUUUAUUUCCAUAAACUAAAAUCAUUGGAGUUAAUUGGAUUGAAGCAAUUUAUCUUUUCAACCACCAAGUUGGAAAUACCUUGCUUGGAGGUCCUGAAGAUCUUAUCUAUUCCAAAUAUUGAAACUCUAUGCAACCUUGUCUCAUUUCCUUGCUUAAAUAGGUUGGUGAUAAAUGGAUUGGCAAAGAUAAAUUACAUAGUAGGAUUGAAAGAGGGAGAAGGACAUCAUCAACAUCAUGAUAAGAUAUUUCCUUUAUUAAGAAACUUGAUCUUGUUUGAUCUAGGAAAUUUAAUACAUAUGUAUGAAAUCAACCAUCCAGGAUUAGGAGUGCUUUUAUUUCAAAACUUGACAGAAUUGAGAAUUAGAGGAUGUGGGAAAUUGAGAUAUCUGUUUUCGGAGAAUAUAGGUAGAGUCGCUGCCAAGCACCUUUCGAUGCUAGAAAUAUGUGUUUGUCCAACGAUGGAAGUGGUGAUGAAGAAAGAGGAUGAUGAUGAUAAAGUUGGAGGAGGAAGUAAUUCUCUUGGAAAUAGUAAUUUCUUUCCACUACUUUGGAGAUUGGUACUAUCGAAUCUAUCAGGUUUGAGGAGCGUUAGUAAUGUUUCUUAUACUUGGGCAUUGCCAUUAUUAAAGGAAUUAGUAGUGAAACAAUGUCCCAAGCUAGAGGCACUCUCUCCCGGUUAUUUGGAUUCUCCAAGGCUGGACACUCUUUCGUAUAAUAAUAGAGAAGAAGUAAAUGUAAAGAAUACUUGGAAAGGCGACGUUAACACUGCAUUGCGUUAUUUAUUUAUCAAGAAGGAAGAAGAACAACCAAUACUACUGCCUUAUACUCAGGAAAUAGAUGAAGAAGAUGAAGGAGAUGAUAAGAUUGAGAAGAUGUUGUAUUGGCAAGAAGAGAAACCUGUUGACGAAGCCUCAAAACGGGGAAAUUUAUUAUUCGGAACUGUUGCAACUUCUGUCAAUAAUACAAUUUUCUUUACAUGCCUACAACUAAAAGACAUAAUCAUCAUAAUUAGUAAUGCUCUCUGCUACAAGAAAUUAUCAACAUAUACAUAA